AUUUAUUUAAUUUAAGAUUAAAGUUUACUAAUUUUGAUAAAAAAAAUCAAAAGUGAACAAAUAAAGAGAGACUUAAUUAUUAGGAGUAUUUUCGUCACGGCAGUCCACACCGCAUGGCGUCACUCGUCAGUAUAUGUAGGGCGUGUUUGUUUGUGUGUCUUUCUAUAUCCACCCAUCAUCAAAUUAAGAAAGGGAUUAUUAUCGAUCAUAGGUAAAAAGUUGGUGAGCUUCUAAAAUUGGGUUCUUCUCUAAUCUUCUUCUUCCUCCUCAUCGCUACAGGAAGAACGACCUUGACAAAGAUAUACAUAUCAUCUAUCGUCAUGUACGUGAUAGUGAUAUCGGUACCGCUGAUCCUCUUGGUGCUGAUGGUCGCCAUUGCUUGUUACCUGUUUGGUAAGUCGAGGGCACGAUGAAGACAUCAUAUCAUCUCCAUUUUACACUCUCUGCCCCUCGGUGCAUCCAAUCGUGGUUCUAUAUACCACAUUUGUUCACAUUUAAAUGAUCAUCAUGAUUAGUUAAAUAGUUAAAUAUGAUUAUAUGAAUGAAGAAUAUGCCAUUUUGUUUCUAAACAUAUUUACCCGUGUACUAAAGUUAGUGUUUGAUGGAAUUCUACCAUCUUAUUUUACGUGUAAAAUGAAUAGAUAAACAUAAGGAUGGUACGAGUAUUUGCAAAAACCUAUCGAUAUCGAUCCACAGACCCAAACCUGGGCGAGAAUGGCUUCUCGAAUCGCAAGAAGAGUCAUCGGGAGCGGCUUCUUUGGAUGCAGUUCAUCAGCUGCAUCUGCUAGGGUUUUCAAUCGGGGCUUCGCCGCAUCGGCGUCAAGUUCUAAUCUGAUUCGCGCCACUCUCUUCCCCGGCGACGGAAUCGGCCCCGAGAUUGCCGAGUCCGUCAAGCAGGUGUUCAGAACUGCUGAUGUGCCUAUUGAAUGGGAAGAACACUACGUGGGGACAGAGGUGGACCCUAGGACCCAGAGUUUUCUUACAUGGGAGAGCCUUGAAUCUGUGAGAAGAAAUAAGAUUGGGUUAAAAGGUCCAAUGGCUACACCUAUUGGAAAAGGUCAUCGUUCUUUGAAUCUCACACUGAGGAAAGAGCUCAAUCUGUAUGCCAAUGUUAGACCUUGCUACAGUCUACCUGGAUACAAGACUCGCUAUGAUGAUGUAAACCUCAUUACAAUUCGUGAAAAUACUGAAGGAGAGUACAGUGGUCUUGAACAUCAAGUGGUGAGGGGUGUGGUUGAAAGCCUCAAGAUCAUUACACGUCAAGCAAGUUUGAGGGUUGCAGAGUAUGCAUUCCACUAUGCACAGACACAUGGAAGAGAUAGAGUUUCUGCCAUACACAAAGCCAACAUCAUGCAAAAAACUGAUGGUCUUUUCCUCAAGUGUUGUCGUGAAGUUGCAGAGAAAUACCCUGAUAUAAAAUAUGAAGAAGUUGUUAUUGACAAUUGCUGCAUGCUGCUUGUGAAAAAUCCAACACUCUUUGAUGUGUUGGUGAUGCCCAAUCUUUAUGGUGACAUUAUCAGCGAUCUUUGUGCGGGUUUGAUUGGAGGGUUGGGUCUAACACCGAGUUGCAAUAUUGGUGAGGGCGGCAUAGCCCUUGCUGAGGCUGUGCAUGGUUCAGCACCUGAUAUUGCUGGAAAGAACUUGGCAAACCCAACAGCUCUGCUUUUGAGUUCGGUCAUGAUGUUGCGACACCUGAAUCUUCACGACAAAGCUGACCGCAUCCAGAGCGCCAUCAUGACCACCAUUGCAGAAGGGAAGUAUAGGACUGGGGACCUCGGCGGGAAGUCUUCCACAACCGAAUUCACAAAUGCAAUCUGUGAUCAUCUCUAAACGAUGUUGCCCCAAACAAGCAUCCAUUCAUUUUCCCAUUCUGGUUCGCUCUCAAAUAGGAAAAUUUUAAAGUUUUUUUCCCGGUGUUUAUUGGGAAGGCAAACUCAGUGACUUCUCACACUCAUAUAAUGUCACGUGUCACGUCACGUUCGCCUUGCUGAGUUUAUCUACAUUUUGGAAAAAUAAAAAAAAGUUAUUUCCCCCCAACGGUUUUUUUUUGUUGUUCCGCAGGAAACUAUGUUUGGCGGGAGAGCCAUUCUCAUGAUUCAUUUAUCUGAUUAAGUAGCAUAAUACAUUUAUUUUUGAUGAAUGUAUACAUAAUUUCCCCGGCCGGAUUCGGUGAUAUUU